CAACAUCUUAUAAAAUUCUAAGGCUAACUCCUCCCAUUUGAUUUAGCAAGAUGAUCAAAUGGAUUUUCUUCUCCAUCAUCAUCUUGAUCGUUUUUGUUGCAAGCUCUUUCUUCUUGGAAGCUGAUUUUUCAAGAAUAACAAGCACUACUCUUCUGAAGACAAUUAUAAUAUUCAAUAAUAAGCCACAACUCCAAUUUCCACUUAACUGCACUGAUAAAAAUUCAACAGCAACAUGUUCAUCGUACUACCCAACAACAUUGGAGUUUGAUGGUGAUUCAACUACAUCAUGUCCAGAUUACUUUAGAUGGAUACAUGAAGAUCUGAAACCUUGGAAGAGCACAGGAAUCACAAGGGACAUGGUUGAAAGAGGCAGAAAUGUUUCACAUUUUAGGCUUGUAAUUGUAAAUGGAAAAGUUUAUGUACAAAAACUUGGCAGAGUGUAUCAGACAAGGGAUGUGUUCACAAUAUGGGGAGUUUUACAACUUCUGAGGUUGUACCCUGGAAAGAUACCAGAUUUGGAUCUAAUGUUUCAGUGUGGAGACAAGACUGUUAUACUGAAAAAAAAUUUCCAAGGACCACAAGCCUUGUCACCCCCUCCUGUCUUCCAUUACUGUGGAGAUGAAAUUUCACAUGACAUUGUCUUCCCUGAUUGGUCCUUCUGGGGUUGGCCUGAGAUCAACAUAGGACCAUGGGAAAGAACAUUACAUAGUAUACUAGAAGGCAACAAGAAGACCAAAUGGAUAGAUAGGGUACCCUAUGCUUUUUGGAAGGGAAACCCAGCAGUGGCUAAUAUUAGGAGAGAACUCAUGAAGUGCAACCCUACAAAACAACAGGAUUGGAAUGCAAGAAUAGAAAGCAUACAAUGGAACAGGGAGAAAGCAAGUAAUUAUGCAAAUGCAAAACUAGAAAAUCAGUGUACCCAUAGAUAUAAGAUCUAUAUAGAAGGAGCUGCAUGGUCUGUGAGUGAAAAGUACAUAAUAUUGUGUGACUCAAUGACCUUGUUAGUAGAGCCUACGUAUUAUGACUUCUUUACAAGAAAUAUGGUACCUUUACAACACUAUUGGCCCAUCAGCCCCAGAAACAUGUGUGAAGACAUUAAAUAUGCUGUGGAUUGGGGGAAUUCUCACCUUCAAAAUGCGCAGGUGAUUGGCAAUGGAGGGACUGACUACAUAUUAGAGAAUUUAAAGAUGAAGUAUGUGUAUGAUUACAUGUUUCAUUUGUUAAAUGAUUAUGCAAAGCUCUUGAAAUUCAAGCCAACCAUACCAGAAGGAGCUACUGAGAUUUGUUCUGAAAGUAUGGCAUGUCCUGUGAUGGGUUUACAGAAAAGUUUCAUGGAAGAGUCCAUGGUGAAUUCACCAAGUGAUACACCUCCAUGUGCAAUGCCUUCUCCUCAUACACCCCAAACUCUCAAACAGUUUCUGCAAGAAAAGGAAAAUCUAAUCGAACAAGUGAAGAAAAAAGGUGUCAAUAGCAUGUUAGUGUAACAAAUUCAACAUCUCAAAAUGAGUUUCAUUAUUUUGAUUAAA